AUGUCGGCCCUUCGAAACCAUGAUUCCGCGAGCGCUUCUCUCAGGUUCGCGGAGACACAGUCACCAAACACGACGAAAGCGGAGAGUCACGGCCCACGAUUCGCCUCGCAACUACAGCGAUGGAGCGCUUGGGUGGAAGGACUCGCGGGCUUCGAAUCGCGCGGGAUUCGGCGCGUGGCCCCUGAGGAGCGCCACGCCCCGUCGCUUUCCAACCAUGUGCAAGUCUUUUUGCUUUGGCUGAGCGCCAACCUGUCACUCAACAACCUUGGGGCUGGCCUUUUGGGGCCCUUGCUCCUCGGGCUCGGUUUCCGCGAUGCCGCCGUUUGCGCGGUGUCGGGGGCCUUUUUCGGCAGCCUCUCUACAGCAUACAUGUGCACUUGGGGACCACAAAGCGGUAAUCGCACCAUGGUAGCUUUACGGUUUUUCAUGGGAUACUGGCCGGCAAAAAUCCCAUGUCUUCUCAACAUCAUCCUCAUGAUUGGGUACUGCACAAUCGACGCCAUCAUCGCUGGCCAGGUACUCUCGGCCGUUAGCGGCGGCGGUAUGAGCAUUGCAGUAGGUGUUGUGGUGAUUAGUGCUGUUUGCUGGGUCAUUGCAACGUUUGGCAUGUAUCCCUUUCAGAUUUAUGAGCGAUAUGCCUGGCUUCCCCAAGUCAUUGUUCUCUCGAUUCUCAUUGGAUGUGCAGGACCAUAUUUUGAUACCGCAGCACCGAACACCGUCUUUGGCGCGCAACUAGCAGCGGCUCGUCUGACGUAUUUUAGUCUAUGCUCGUACGUGCCAAACUCAUGGGCCGCCGCCGCCGCCGAUUUCUACGUCUACUACCCCGAAAAGACGUCACGUAGGAGCAUCUUUUGCCUCACGCUGGCCGGACUCUGGACUGCCUUCAGCUUGGUCUACCUAGUUGCCAUCGGACUGGCCACGGGCAUAGCGCAUCGCCCUGCUUGGGCGGAAGCCAACGCGGUCAGCGCAGGUGCGUUGAUCGUGGCAGCAUUUGCGCCACUGCAAGGGUUCGGCAAGGCGUGCGCUGUGGUCAUGUCUCUCGGCGUGAUUGCCAACAGCGUGCCUGGAACUUAUUCCAGCAGCCUCGGAUGCCAGACACUGGGGCGCUACGGCAAAAUGGUGCCGCGAUGGAUUUGGUCUUGCAUCCUGGUUCUCAUCCAGCUGGUCUUGGGCCUGGCCGGCCGCCAGAACCUCUUCGCCAUCUACUCCAAUUUCGUCGCUCUGAUGGGCUACUGGAUCGAGUUCAUGGUGUGCAUCUGCCUGGAAGAACAGCUGAUUUUCCAUCGCAACCGGGGGUGGGAUUGGGCUCAAUGGGAGAAUAAAAAGUACCUUCCGCAAGGGUGGGCAGCACUACUUGGCUUUCUUGUUGGCUGGGUUGGAGCUGUUCUAGGCAUGUCGCAGGCCUGGUACGUCGGCUCAUUGUCGAAGCUGGCCUCUGGUGCUGAUCUGGGCAUGUGGAUUGGAUUCGCCAUGACAAUGCUCACGUUUGCGCCACUGCGAUAUCUCGAGCUGAGAUUUGUUGGCAGGUGA